CCACUUUGAAUUCUAUAAACAAUAAACAAAAUAAAUAAUAAAAUAAUUAUUACUAAAACAAAUAAUGCGAAACACAAGAACAAAAAUGAAAGCCAAACACCCUGCUGCUUACAAGUCUCCUACUGAUAAUCAAUUGAUGGAUUAUAUAUAUUUACCAUCAGCAUCAUCAUCAUCGGUAUCGUCGUUAUCGUCGAAUUUAUCACCAUUAGCACCCCCUUUUACUGUUGAAAGAUCUAACAACCCUAACAGUAAACUUAAUUCUAAUCAAAACCCAGAUUCCGUUUGGCCGAAUUAUCACUCUCCUUUAACUACCACUACUACUACACAAGGAUUUUUGACCGAUUCCAUAAGGACCGCCACUACGCUUCCGUAUGCUAAUUCGACGCCGAGUCCUCAUAACGAUUGGUCUUCUAUGGACACUAGUUUUAAGUUAGGGAGGGAACCGAUAAACGGCAAUUUGUUUAAUUCUAGUAUUUAUUUUAACCCUUUUAAUGCGCCGAGUACUACUAAUAAUUGGAUUUCUAACCCGAAACCGAACAAUGCACCCGCAAGUCAUAAUUGGUCUUCUAUGAACUCUAGUAUUAAGUCAGGUUUGGAACCCGUGAAUCAGCCUGCUGACCAUUUGUUUGGCGUGAAACCUAAUAAUUUAUUACCGACAUCGUGGAACUUUGGUGAUGAAAUUGAUGGUGAUGAUGGUCCCUUGAAUCUGAAUCCCAACUAUUUAGAUUCGUUUCGUGAUGAUGUGCCUUCUCAAGUUGAUUAUGGAAUGAGCUUGUCUGGGUUGAAGUAUAGUGGACAAGUCGAUGGAUCACGAGGAAAAGAUAAUUCUAUGUUUGGAGGAGGGUCUGGUUUCCCGAAGGAGAAGAAUAUUGGGUCAUCAACCAUUGGGAAGUCAUUUGAUACCUCAUUUUCUGCAACAAAUCAUGGGUUCAAUUCUAAUGGGUUUUCUUCAGAAGAUACAUUUACAUGGAAUGGACAGUCCUCGUCUCGUUAUGCAUUUGAGACACAACCACUCAUGAAUGAUACCUCUAGUGAUCACAUAUCGACAUCAAUGACAAGGUCAUCCCCUUCUGUUGUCAUAAAACCUCCGGCCACGCUUUCUUCCUUUCCAGCUCAGGUUGCAGUUUCUACCAAAAGCAUAGAGAUCAGCACUCCAUCGAAAUAUAGCAAUAAGAGUUUGGUUACCCAUAACCCCUUGAAAGAAAAGGAGUCUCAUUGCCCAUUAGGUUUUGAAGCCAAAGAAAGUAACAUAACUUCAAACCUACUGAACCUUGAAAUCCAUGAGCCCAACAAAGCUGUUACUGAUCGGCCGAACUUUGAGUUUAAAGCAACUUCGAAUUUUCAAUUUCCUGAUAUCAAUAUCAAGAAAGAUGUAAAUUCUGCUGCAAAUUUAUCAGAGAAUCUAGAUCAAAGUUCCUCUGAGGAUUCUCCGUGUUGGCAAGGGGCUCCCACUCAAUUUUCAUCACCCAGUUCUUCAAUAGCGGAAUCUUCUCAGCUUCCUACGAAAAAACUACAAAAAAGCAAUGGUGAGGAUGUUCUGUUACCUGAGAUGAAUAUCCAAACAACUGAUGGAACCCUGGACCAAAAUAAGGAUGCCACUGCAGCAACUGCUGCUACUUUUGUGGGAGCUGAAAUGUUGGAUAUGGAUUUGAUUGUCAAAGCACUGAGUAAUUUCUCAGAAUUGCUUUUACUUCAGUGCUCAAAGGAUAAAAAUGGACUUAAGGAGCAAGAUCAUAAGACCCUUGAUCAUGUCAUUGGCAAUCUUAAUAUGUGUAUGUCUAGGAAACCCCAACAAGUGGAUGCUUCACCUAGUUUUUCGGAAAGGAACAAUACUCAGACUGCUAUAGAUAUUGAGAAAGUACAGAAUAUUUCUCUGAGGGAGGAUGAUCUACCGAAAGAUUAUAACAUGAUCCAGAUGAUUAAAAAGGUACUUGAUGAGAAUUUAGAUUGCAAGGAGGAUCUGUCAUCUGAAAGUGUGUUAUACAAGAAUUUGUGGCUUGAAGCUGAAGCAGAGCUGUGUACUUCCAGUUAUAGAGCCCGUUUUCAUCGUGCAAAGAAAGAGAUGGGCAAGUUAAAAGCAUCAGAUAAUGCUAAAGUCCUUUAUGUAUCUGAAGUUACUUCUGACACAAAGAAAAUUCCAAGUUCUAUGUCCUCUUCUAUUGCCCUGAAAUCAAUGCCCGAAACUGCUGGUAGCAAGACCUCAAACACCCAUUCAGUCAAUCCUUUGCCACGUGUUGAUGGGCACAUUGAUGAUACUGAGAGUUCAGUCAUGGCUCGUUUCAAUAUCCUGAAACAGCGUGGAGAGUCAAUUUCUGUUAGUCUGGAGAAGAAAGAACCUGUAACUGUUAAAGCUUCUGGGACUGAAAUUCAUAGUUCUGGAGUGGCCAGGGAACUGCAUUUGUAUAAUCACCUAGGUGAAGCAGAUGAUGCUGUGGUGAUGAAUUCGCAUGGUAACCAAAGAAUGGAUUACCCCCUUGCCAUGGGAACGGAUGAUCUUGAGCAAUCAGUUAGGGCUAGAUUCAAUAUCUUGAAACACCGAGGUGAGACAGAUCCUGAUAAUCUUGAACAUGAAGUGUUGGCAGAUAGCGCACAUGCUGGAGUCUCAGAAGAGGAAAUAGCUUCAGGCUCUGCUGGUGGAUCAAGCCUUAUGCUGAAUCGGUUCGAGUCUGGGUUGUACACUACGUAUAGUGCAUCCUCAGACUGGGAAUAUAUCGAGAAAAAAUGAGUUCAUUUAAUGGCAGAACUUUGUGUAUAUAUUUGUAAUAUAUGUGAUUAAACCGGAUCAAGAUUGUAUAAAUUUGGUUCUGUUUUUAACUUUGGAGGUUCGUCUAAACCAGUAGAAGCUUCUGGAAGUUCAGACACAAAUUAUGUAUGAAGCUUAUGAACUCGGAUUAUGUAUGAUUAAUUGUCAGGUAUUCAUUAUGCUUGACAAUCAUCGGUUGCAAAUUGUUUGUGAUCAA